CCAAAACAGUAAACUAACCUAAAAAUGUUCUUUUAGAUUAACAUAGUUGUAUUUGUAUUGUCGUUUUAAACUGAAAUGUUUGUUUAUUUAUUUACAGUUAACUAGAUUUGCUAUACUAUAAGUUAGCUUUUUUCCCAAGCCAAUAUGCGUUUCCAGGUAUUGAGUGGUUUGGGCAGUAGAUUAGCCUGCCAGGCAUCCAAUUCUCUUUUGCCGAAAACCCCUAGUGGAGAAAUAAGAAGAUUAACGUCCUCUACUGCCAAAUUUAAAGAUGAAGAUUUACUUUUAUUCUUUAAUGAGGAAGUUCAAACUAUACUGAAGACUUUAACUGGAUUUGACUUGAACAAAGUAUUUCAAGCAAGGAAACUGGGACAUUCCUUGCAGGCCCCUCAGUAUAAAUUGAUGACUUCUCAACAGGUGGAAGAGGCAAUUGAGAAGGCAAGAGAUAAAGCAAGUAAACUUCUGCAAAUGCCUCCAGUUGUCCCCAUCAGUCAGGAAACUGAUGUCGUUUUGUCCAAAGAUCCUGAACUCAUUGCUCUUGACACGUCUAAAUACCUUAUCACAGAUAUAUCAUUUGGAAAGACCGACAGAACACGAACGGUUGUUGUACGAGACUUGGACGGAACGUUGCGUAAAGCUCACAGAUCAGAAAGAAGAAAUGCAAACCAGACAUACUUUCCUAUACUUGGAAAGCAGUUCAGAGUGCCAAAAAUGUUUCAACCAGAACAUCUUAAGCCUGUGCUAGAGAGAGGGGACUACUUGUUUGUACUAGACAGAACGUGUGUGGAGUUUGAUGCAGACGACCCUGAGUAUCACAGAAUCACACACACUACUUAUAAUCACAUUGAUGAGAAACAGGCUUACGGAACGCUUAGGUUCACUCGUCACUUCGGACCCAUGGUUUUCUACCUAGUCUUGAGUGAUAAUAUUGAUAAUCUCCUUUUGGAAAACUUAAAGACAGCAAGGCUAUCAGAUGCAGCUGCAUUGAUACAGCUCCAUCAUAUCGUCCAUCCCAAUACAAAGUCUGCCAAAAACAAGCUGCAGAGUGGUCAAGAAAUGGCAUUUAUUAAGGAAUACAUUGACAAUGAUUCCAAACUGAAAGUGGCUCUGGAACUAGCUUUGAUGGAAAAUGACAAAAGAGAAUUUCCUGAGGCCCAGGCUAGCUCUGGUAACUUGUAAUUAGCUUUUUAAAAUAUAGAAUAUACAAUAUGAAACCAACUA